AGCUACUACACUGACGCAGUAGUUUCUGGGUUGCAACCUGUGCUGCUCGCUGCUACAGCGUGCUGAAGGUUAUCAGUCAUUUCACUCCUGACGACCGCUCUGCGAGGCAUCUGGCCUGUCAGCCCGACUGAGCUGCGCUGGUUGCACUUAAAAGUUAAGCUGACAUUUCUUAAGACCUGUGGAGGAGUUUCAGAGCUGACUACUGCUGUAAAAUACUUUCUUUAUUUCUUUUUUGGUGGAUGAGGAUUGAAAUUUCUAUUCAGAUCCCAUUAUGUAUCUGAUGAGUGGUGUCAUAGUGUUCCUCAGUGUUUUUGGGGCUGUAAAGCUGCUGUCGCUGCCCUGGCUGUGCAGCCUGUCAGCGGGGCUGGGGCUCUGUCUGGUCUGGAGGGGUUCCUGGAAGUUCAUUCAUGUAGCUCUAUGCACCAUAAAAAGAGACCUCAUGUGUCUGGCUGUUAUAUUGCGAGUGAGGUUUUCCAUGUACUGUAAUCUGCGUAAUAAAAGCACUAUCCCUGCCCUGUUUGCCCGGAUGGUGACACAGCACCCAGACAAACCUGCCUUGAUUUAUGAGGCCACAGGGGAGGUUUGGAGUUUCAGGGAACUGCAGGAGCGAUGCCAUGCUGUGGCACACUGGGCGCUGGCACAAGGCUGGGCUGAGGGUGAUGUUGUGGCCUUGUACAUGGAAAGCCAGCCUUUCAUGGUGGCUCUGUGGUUGGGUCUUGCUAUGGUCGGUGUAGAGGCCGCACUCAUCAACCACAACCUUCGACAGCGCUCGCUAGUGCAUUGUGUCAGCGUGUCUGGCGCUCGGGCCAUGGUCUUCGGGACAGAGUUGACUGAAGCGGUGUCAGAGGUGAGCAGCUCCCUGCGGCCCAGCAUGGUUUUGUUCAGCAGUGGUGAGCAGCAGGAUGAGGUGAAGCUUUGCAGCCUCCACGUUCAGAGCCUGGAGGCCCUGCUGGCCAGUUCACCCAACCACCCGACAGACUACACACUCAGGAAGGAAUUUAACGACAGACUCUUUUACAUCUACACCUCUGGAACAACGGGAAUGCCAAAGGCAGCUGUAGUGGUACACAGUCGGUAUUUCCGCAUCGCUGCCUUUGGUUUCCACUCCUUUGGCCUGCGACAUGAUGACAUCAUUUACAACUGCCUUCCCCUGUAUCAUUCUGCAGGUACCAUCAUGGGUGUAGGCCAGUGUUUGCUCUUUGGUUUGACUGUUGUAGUCAGGAGGAAGUUCUCAGCCAGUCGCUUCUGGGAUGACUGUGUUAAACACAACUGCACUGUAAUCCAGUACAUAGGCGAGAUCUGCCGUUACCUGUUGGCCCAGCCAGUCCGCCCAUCUGAGGCACAUCACCGGGUCCGUGUCGCCCUUGGUAACGGCCUCCGUCCCUCUGUGUGGGAAGAGUUUGUCCGGAGAUUUAGAAUCCGAACGAUCGGGGAAUUUUAUGGCGCCACUGAGUGCAACUGCAGCUUGAUUAACAUAGAUGGAAAGGUAGGGGCGUGUGGCUUCAACAGCCGCAUCCUUCCAGGCUUUUACCCCAUCAGACUGGUCAGGGUGCAGGAGGAGAACGGAGAGCUGCUCAGGGACUCACAGGGACUCUGUAUACCCUGUCUACCGGGUGAGCCAGGUAUGCUAGUGGGACGCAUCAACCACACCGAUCCGCUCAGGAGAUUUGAUGGGUACGCUGAUCAGGAUUCCACCAAUCAGAAAAUAGCUCACAAUAUCUUCAAGAUGGGAGACUCUGCUUAUAUCUCAGGUGACGUACUGGUGAUGGACGAAUAUGGCUACAUGUAUUUCAGAGACCGCAGUGGCGACACGUUUCGAUGGCGAGGGGAGAAUGUUUCCACCACAGAGGUGGAGGGAGUCCUCAGUGGCCUGCUGGGACACACUGAUGUAGCCGUUUAUGGAGUUUCUGUACCAGGUGUGGAGGGAAAGGCUGGUAUGGCAGCAAUAGCUCAUGCAGGAGGCCAGUUUGACCUUGAUGCAUUCUUGAUAGCUGUACAGAAAGCCCUGCCCUCCUACGCACACCCAGUCUUCCUUCGACUCAUGCCAUCUGUUGACACUACAGGUACUUUCAAAAUUCAGAAGAUGCGACUACAGAGGGAAGGAUUCAAGCCACAAGACUCAAGUGAAUACAUUUAUUUCCUGGACAGCCGUGCUGGGUGUUACGAGGCUGUUACUGAUGAACUGCAUAAUGCCAUCAUGGAAGGAAACGUGUGUCUAUGAGGAGACUGAGCGGGACUGUUGAACAGGAUAGUGUAGUAUUUUUCACAGAGGAAAGAAUGAAAGAAUAUACACGGGAUUUAGUAUUGACUACAUCCCUAUAAAUACUGUAAUAACCUACUGUGGAAACUAUUUUUUACCAAUUUUUUAUUUUUAUUUUAUUUUUCAUACUUUGAUUUUAUCUGUGUUUGUGUCAUUCCAUAUCCCAUAAUAAGUAAAUAAAUCAUACAUUUUAUAAAAAUGAUAAAGUUUGAUUUGAAUAGAAGACAACAUUAAUAGUUUCACAUCAGUCAUCUAAAACAAACAGAACACACAAAGCUCAAAUUUGGCUUUUAGCUUCAUUUAGCUUCAACUCAUUGGUUAAUAGCCUUUGUUGUUCGGCUGUAGUACAAUUUCAGGGCCUUUUUAAAUAUUGAUGAGCAGAAUUAUAUAGUUUCAUGGCUCUCUUUGACUACAUGAACAGCUAAAGAAGCACUUAAGUGAUUAAGUCUGAACCAAGUUUCCAUUCAGUUCAUCUCAUUCAGAGCUGAGACAAUAAAUACAUUCAGACCCACAAAUGUGAACCUCUUAUGGCGCUGGUCGUGGCACCAAAGUCAUUAUGGUGCAUCCUCUGGGAACCAUGAAUGUCAGCAAAAAAUUUUUUUCCUGGCAAUCCAUCCAGUAGUUGUUGAGCUACUACGCUCUGGAACAAAGUGGCGGACAGAGUAACUGGCAACCCUAGAACCAAACCACUAGCACAGCUAAAAAUUAAAACGUAUGACUGUAACAAGAGAUGGCAUAUUGUUUUACAGUU